UCAAAAAGCGACUCGGCGGACAGUUGUGUUCUAAAUUUUAAACCGCACAGAACGUGUUGUACUUGCGAACGCAUUGCCGCUUACGUAUGUACUGUGCGCCAAGCCUCUAACAUAACUUACAUACAAACAUACGAGACUGUAGAAUGGCACAGCAAUUGUGGGGUGGACGUUUCGGUGAUGCCGAGGGCAAGACGAGUGAGUGCCUGGCCAAAUUGAAUUGCAGUCUACCGCUGGAUUCACGUUUCUAUGCGGAGGAUAUCGAUGGCAGCAUUGCCUACGCCGAAGCCUUGGCACGUGCCGGUUUAAUUACCGAUAAAGAGGCUGCCGACAUUGGCGCUGCGCUCGAAGUGGUGCGUCGCGAAUGGAAGGACGGUAGCAUUAAGUUUCUCAGCAGCGAUGAGGACGUGCACACCGUGAAUGAACGUCGUCUCACCGAACUGAUUGGUGAUGUCGGCAAGCGUUUACACACCGGUCGCAGUCGUAAUGAUCAAGUGAUCACCGAUAUGAAAUUGUGGUUGCGUCGUGGCAUACGUGAGACCUUGGCCGGUUUGCGUGUUGUCAUCGAGGCGGCCGUGGAGCAGGCGUCUCAGAAUUUGGGCGCACUCAUGCCGGGCUAUACGCACUUGCAGCGUGCGCAGCCAGUACAAUUCUCACAUUGGAUGCUGUCGCAUGCGUUUGCGCUGCAAGCGGACUGUCAGCGUUUGUUGGAGUUGAAGGAGCGCGCCAAUCUGCUGCCAUUGGGUAGUGGCGCCUUGGCGGGCAAUCCUUUGGGUGUGGAUCGUGAGUGGCUGGCGAAGCGUUUGCAAUUCGCCGGUGUCACGCCGAACAGCAUGCAUGCGGUGGGUGAUCGUGAUUUUGUGGUUGAUUUCAUCUACUGCUGCUCACUGGCCAGCUUGCAUCUCUCACGCCUGGCUGAAGAUCUAAUACUCUAUGCGACAAAAGAAUUCGAUUUCAUCAAAAUCGCCGAUGGUUUCUCCACUGGCAGCAGUUUGAUGCCACAAAAGCGUAAUCCCGACAGUUUGGAAUUGGUGCGCGGUAUAUCCGGAAGCAUUUGCUCUUCGCUGAGCGGCAUCAUGAUGACCAUCAAGGGCACACCAUCCACUUACAACAAAGAUUUGCAGUUCGACAAACAAUAUGCCUUCGAUGCUUUCGAUCGCCUACAAGAUGCGCUCACCGUUGUGGAGGGUGUCAUCAAGACCAUGCAAUUGAAUCGUGAGCGCAUGGAAUCAGCGCUGAGUCCAGAUAUGUUGGCCACCGAUUGGGCUUACUAUCUCGUGCGUAAGGGUGUGCCAUUCCGACAAGCUCAUCACUAUAUCGGCGAAGUGGUUGCUUAUGCGGAAAAGCGUGGCUUGGAACUCACCGAAAUACCAUUGGGUGAAUUACAGAAAAUAUGCAAAGAAUUUAAUACCGACAUUGCGCAUGUGUCCGAUUAUGCCAGCAAUGUGGAUAAAUAUGAUUGCACCGGUGGCACUGCAAAAAAAUCGGUGGAACAACAAUUGAAGACACUGCAGAAUUUCAUAGUGGAACUCAAGAAAUUGAAAUGAAUGUUUAAGACAAAAAAAUAUAUAAAAUAUAAAAUUUUUUAAAUAAAAAAAAAUUAAAAAUAAAAUUACGAAAAAAAAAACCCAAAUACAAAAAUUAAUAAUAAUAAAAAGAAAUAAAUAUUACGUUGUCAAAUA